AUGGUGGUAUCGAAGCUGCCUACACCUCAACAUCGGGAAGAUGCUUCUUCGGUGUUGGCUUGUAUGAAAGCCGCUGACAGAGCCUUGUCCAACAUCGAUACGACUACCCUUACGACGAGGCUAACGACAACCUUGACUGGCUCUGAUACUCUUGCUUUCCGUCUGCAGGUCAGUCAGGCUGAGAGAUAUCUUGGUAAAGUGAGCGACGUGUGCUUCUUCAACCUGGUCAAGCGGGUAUUGCAGGCCCAGCCUGGCUCUUCAGACUCAGACCAACGAGUUGACAGCUACGAGCAAGUCGACGACAUUGCGUCUCCGAGCGUCAAUGUCAUGCCCGGUAGAGUCGUUGAGCUGCCGAGUCGUGAGGCGGCGAAAGCUUUUGCUGAUGUGUACUUUUCUACUGUACAUCUGGCGUUUCCGUUUAUUCCGCAGUCGCUGUUUAUGAGAUCGCUUGAUCAAGCGUUGGAUUCGUCGGAUGAUUGUUCUCUGGAUAAUACCAGGCUGGCACUUAUAUGCACGGCACUCUCUCUAGCUCUACCUGCAGGGGCAGACCGAUCGAUGCACCAUGUGUCUCUGCUCUUGGCCCAAUGCUUUUACAUGUUAGCAGUCUGCCGAACAGACAGCUGUUGGGCAACGCUGGGUCAAACCGUUCGUAUGGCCCAGAGCAUUGGGUUACACGUCGAACAGAACGAUCCCCAGAGACUCAAAGGGCCAGGCCGAUUACUUGUCGAGCGACGGCGGCGGAUCUGGUACCGCAUAUACGUCCUAGAUCGCCUCAUCUCUCUACAACUGGGACGACCACCAGCGAUCCAUGAAGACUACUGCCAUGUUCCGCUGCCGUCUAGGCUUGGCGAUUCCGACAUCGAUUGGGACGGUGAUGAGUUUCCGACAAUGUUUGAGGGGCCUUCUGUUGGCGAUUACCAUCUAGAACUCAUCUCCUUCUCCAAGAUCGUCAGUCAGGUCCUUCGAGAUCUUUACAGCCCGAGAGCUGGUCAGAAUUUGACAAGUGAUCUGUUUAAUACCAAGGAACUCGAUGUCAAGCUCAUACAAUGGAAGCAAUCGCUGCCUAGAACAUUGCGAUUCGACUUGGGACAUGCUUUUGACAAGUCCUUCAUCUUUAAGCGCCAGCGAAGCAUGUUGGCUAUUAAGUAUCACCAUCUACGCGCUCUCAUUCACAGACCAUACCUCUGCUACCCCAUCAUGCGUAAUCUCGAUGACGAGACCGAAAUUGCACUCAGCCAGCCAAACUGGGCCCUUGUGAGCAUGUAUGAAAAGGUAUGCAUCGCCGAGGCACGCGAGACAGCACGUCUACUGCACUGUAUCUCAUGCGAGAAAGAUUUGGUGCAGGAAUUUCCCUGGUGGCAGAUGAUUUCAUGUUUGAUCUGCGCAGGGUCUAUCUUGGUUGUCUCAAGCAUUUUUAGUCAGCAGACGGGUGAUGCGUUGGAUGGCUUCGACGCUGAUGGUAUUUCUGAUGAUGCGGAGACUUGUUUGAGGGUGUUUGAGGCUUUGAGUGUUAAUUCGAAGGGUGCGAGGAUUGCGAGGGAUAUGAUGGAGGGGCUGAAAGAGUGCGGGUUGAGAUGGAGAGACGCGACCAUGGCAUCAGGGCCUGAGCCACCUUAUGCUGCACUUCCAGCAUCUCAUACAGCCUUGGCAACUAGAGGCCACAUUCCAAGUCUAGAUGGACAGGACGCGUCCUUAUCAUAUUUCUCGUUCACGACUCCAAGCGCCUGGCCCGCGGAGAUUGUCGAUUCCAUGGCGUGGUCGGUUCAAUUCUUUGGCGCCGUUCAUCUGGGGAGUAACGCGCACCUAAGAUGGCUGGUAUCCUCCCUGCUGCGUUGA